AUGGGAAAGUUCCCAAAUGGCAGUCGUGGUCCCCAGCAGAAUCGCCAACCGAAUCGGGAGCAAUCUUCCAGAAGUACUCAACCAAACUCCAAUAGCAACAAUUCUGAUGUCGCAUUCGAAGAAUCAUUGAAGCUUUUCAACGAAACAGUCGAUAAAGAAGUGACGAAACUGAUGCAAAAUGGUUGGAAAGCGAUUUCGACAGAAUUGAGCAAAAUGAUUCGGAAUAUUGAAAGUGCCAAGGCUCUUGACAAAUGUUUUGGCUCACAGACAGUGAACUCCUCUACUCGCCAAGAGGGAACAUCCUCUCAACAUGCAACCUCCGAGUCGUCAACACAGAUCGAAGUUGAUGAGCUAAUUGGAUCCUUAAGAACAGUUGCACACAAGUUCAAUGAUUAUUUGACCGAAAUGUCUCUAAGAUCGGACAUCAGUGCAACUAUUCGGAAAUCUUAUCUGACAAAGAUCGCAGAUGAUCUGAAGGCUAUUGAUUUGCCUGAUUUGUCUUCAUCACAUAUGGAUACAGUAAACGCGAGAAAAAUAGUAGUGAAAACUGAACCGAACUCUUCAGAUGAUACUUCAAGAGACCAGCCAGAUCAACAGUCGAAACGGGCUCGUUACUCUCGGAACUCCAAAAAGCAAUGA